ACCCCACAAAAGUGUCUCACUUCCAUUUUCACACACAGUGAAAACCCGGCAUGUGUUUUUUUUUUUCGUUUUGUUGCGAAUCUUCUAAUCCACUGACUCGCUGAUGAGAAACCAAACUCGCAAAAAUUCCCAGAGGCAACCCAUAAACCUACAGUCAAAUGUUCAAUUCUUGAGAAUUCCAUUGUUGAGAAAAAUCCUAAUUUGUGGGUUCAAUUUGGUUUUGUUGUAUGUUCAAAGCUUCAUAUACAUUUUGCAAGAGAAGAAGUAGAGAUAUUGAGAGUUGAGAUUGGUUAUGUUAUAUGGUGCAACAAGUAUGUGUAUAUAUAAGGUGCUAUGUUUAGGCUUAGGGUUUUGAAACUCCUUUUCUUGAUGUUGGGGGUCAAAUGGUUGUAACCAUGGCUUCUCUGGCUUCCCUGGUGAGUUUGGGAAGUGCGGGUGCGAGUUCAUCUGGGAAUUUCGAAAGAUCAUUUUCAAUGGUUCAGAGAGUUUAUUUUUCUAGAAAUGUUCAUAGUUUUCACGGAAUUUUGGUUAAAAAGAGAUGGGGGUAUGUGGGGGUCUGUAGAUAUUCGGUAACAACCAAUUAUAUAGCUGAUCAAGGGACUUGUGCAUUGCUUGAUUCAACAUUUAGGGGCAGGAAAGGUGAUAAUUCUAAUAUUGUUCUCAAGGCGGCUCCGAAGGCAGUAUUGAAAUCCGGGUCUAAAGCCAAAUCCCCUUUAAACAUUAACUCAGUGCCUUGGGACCCUUCAAAAUUUAGUGGGGAUUCUGAUGAUGAUGAAGAGAGAAAUAAGGUGAUUGAGUCAUUGGGAGAGGGAUUAGAAAAGGCAGAGAAAUUUGAAACUAGUAAAAGAGUGAGUGUAUCAGUUAGUAAACCGUUGACAAAUACAAGUACCAACCGAAGAAGUGGAAAACAAGUUAAUUCAAUAGAUGGUCGGAAGUCCAAGAAUGCGAAGAGUGUGUGGAGGAGAGGGAAUCCGGUGGUUAGCAUAAAAAAAGAUGUUAAGGAGUCUCCUAAAAUUGAGAAGGUUCAGAAACAGGAAUCAAGGGUAGAGGGAGUGGGUAAGGUUCAGUCUCAGGUUGUUUCUCCUCUAAGACCACCUCAACCACCGGAAAAGGUUCAACCAAAAUUACAAGCAAAACACUUUGUAGCUCCACCACCUGUGGUCAAGAAACCUACUACUAUCUUGAAAGAUGUUGGGGUGUCUCCGAAGACAACAACAACUGAUGGAGCUGAUUCUGCUGAAAAAACGAAAGUUCACAAACCAAUAUUGGUUGACAAAUUUGCAUCAAAGAAGCCUGUUAUUGAUCAUUUGAUUGCUGAAGCAGUAUUAGCACCUUCGAAACCUGGAAAAGGUAUUGUCCCUGGAAAGUUUAAAGAUGAGUUUCGGAAGAAAAGUGGUCCAUCUGGUGGGCCACGGAGGCAUAUGGCUGAUAAUGUUGAGAUUCAUGAUGAGGAGGCCUCAGAACUCGAUGUUUCGAUUCGGGGUGCUACCACAGCACGAAAGGGAAGGAAAUGGAGUAAGGCAAGUCGGAAGGCAGCUAGACUCCAGGCUGCUAAAAUUGCUGCUCCUAUUAAAGUAGAAAUUUUGGAGGUUGGUGAAAAAGGUAUGUUGACUGAGGAGUUAGCCUACAAUUUGGCUAUCAGUGAAGGUGAAAUUCUUGGGUAUCUAUACUCCAAGAAGGGGAUAAAACCUGAUGGGGUGCAAACGCUUGACAAAGACAUGGUGAAGAUGAUUUGUAAAGAGUAUGAGGUGGAAGUCAUAGAUGCUGCCCCCACUAGAGUGGAGGAAAUGGCGAGAAAGAAGGAAAUUAUCGAUGAAGAUGACCUGAAAGGUCUGGAAGACAGGCCUCCCGUCCUUACUAUAAUGGGUCAUGUGGACCAUGGGAAGACAACGCUACUGGAUUAUAUACGGAAGAGCAAGGUACAUUCAGAAGCUUAAUUGUCUUGAUGUUUU